UCACUCUGCAAGCCAGCAAUAUGAGCGUUUGUACCGUUUCUUGAGAGAACGCGCGACGUGACGAAAUUCCAUAGACCGUAAAAUCGCGCGUCGAAAGUGUCAUCCGAUUGCGCGCUGUUUGCGGAUACAGUGAGUGAUACAGUGUCGUGAUUGGUUUCGCCUCGUACACGUGGAUACGAUUUUUGGUUAGUUUUCGGGAGCAUCGAAAGGAUACCACCGCUAGUCGGUUCAUUUGCCUCGAGGAAUUGCUUUCGGUGAAAGGAAUUUCUCGACUUAGGCUAGGAUGUCACAUCACAGCGACGAUAACAUGCUCAUAGCAACAUCAGACUCCUUCUGGGAGCCGGGCAACUACAAACGAACGACCAAGAGGAUCGAAGACGGACACAAGCUCUGCGACAGCUUGAUAGCUCUGGUCCAAGAGAGGGCGGAGAUCGAAAAGAGCUAUGCGAAAGCGUUGAAAAAUUGGUCGAAGAAUUGGAACGACAAGAUCGAGAAGGGCCCCGAAUAUGGAACCACCGAGGCAGCGUGGAAAGGCGUCCUCGUCGAGUCCGACAGGCUAUGCGAUCUUCAUCUCAGGGUCAAAGAAAAUCUCUGCAACGACAUCAUUCAGCAAGUGAAAACGUGGCAAAAAGACACCUAUCACAAGUCGAUGAUGACGCUGAAAGAGCGUAAGGAGAUGGAGGACGCUUUUAAGAAAGCGCAAAAACCGUGGGUGAAGCUUUUACAAAAGGUCGAGAAAGCCAAGUCAGAGUAUCACAAUAGCUGUAAAACGGAGCGAACCGCCGCGAACAUGGAGAGGAACGCAUCGGCUGACAGUUCACUUUCGCCAGACCAGAUGGCCCGAGGCUCAGAAAACAAAGCUCUGCUGGUGAAGAAGAUGCAAGACAGGGUGCAAAAGACAAAGGAGGAGGUCCAAAAGGCGAAGGAGAAGUACGAGGCCACGCUGCAAGAAAUCAAUCAGUACAACCCUAAAUACAUGGAGGACAUGACUCAGGUGUUCGAGAAGUGUCAAGAAAUGGAGGCGCAGCGGCUUCAGUUCUUCAAAGAGGUCCUCUUUGGCAUUCACAAAUGCCUUAAUAUCUCUCAAGAUCCAAUACUUCCACAAAUAUACGAAGAAUUCUACCACACGAUUAACAACGCGGACCACGAAAAGGACCUAAAAUGGUGGUCGAACAACCACGGUGUGAACAUGGCUAUGAAUUGGCCGCAAUUCGAGGACUACACAGAGGAGUUCCGUGACAUCACCAAGGGCUCCAAGUCCAAGGAGGCGCUUCCGGCCGGCUCCAUCACGCUCAUCAAUCAACGCCCGGUCGGCGAGGAUCUGCAUGAAUUCCCAACAGUCAACAAUAAAUCAAAAUCAAAACCCAGCCCUCGAGUAAUAUCAACAGACGGAAGUCAUGGUGAUAGCAAAACUGAUACGAUUAGUUCCAGCAAACACUCCUCAGAGAAAAAUAAUCACGAUGGCAAUGCGGUGAACAGAACCUCUACAAUUACUAAUGGUACGAAUGUUAAACAAGAAUCAAAUCCUUUCGAAGAAGAGGAAUGGGACGAAGAUGGCGGCGAACCAUUAGUGGACAAUGGAGAACCUGGCGUUCCUGUGCGGGCGUUGUACGAUUAUGAGGGAGCAGAAGCAGACGAACUUAGCUUUAAACAAGGUGAUGUUUUUGAGAAAUUGGAGGACGAAGAUGAGCAGGGAUGGUGUAAAGGAAGAAAAGAUGGCAGGGUAGGUCUCUAUCCUGCAAACUAUGUAGACCUCGUGUCACAGUAAAUCACAAUGUGAAGCCAAAUUUCAUGAACAAUGUUAGUUACUUAACAUGUAACGUGUACGAAGAAAAGAAAACUUUUAUUUUAUUGUUUAUUUCUCAAUGAAAUAGCGCUUUUAUUAAAAUUUGUAAAUGUUGUUAGGUAAGUUACACAAGACUAUAUUAGAGAUCAUUGAUUUCGCGUGGUACGCUAUGAUCGCUAAAAAUAAUACAAUAAAUAUUACAGUUUGGUGUAACGAAUAAAUAAUAUAAAUUCAAUGAUUAAUGAUAGCGUAAGUGUCGGGAAGAUAUAAAAUUGUUCGUGCGCCCGUUCGGUUUUCUUAUUUUCUGAAAUUGAUAGAGCUCAUCGCGAUGGCACAUCAAAACGAAACUUUUACUCUCGCGGGUAAAAUGGUUUUCUAUAGGUAGGUAGCGUUCUCUCUGUAUCCAUCUAUAUAAUUAAUAAUAGACAAUAAGAUGGAUAAUGCAUAUACCACAAAUAUAUUAAGUUUAGAUUCCCGUGAUGAUGUACAAUCAUACAUUCUCCGAAUUCAUUUACCAUUGUUGCUACAACAAAAAUUUCAGCAAGCACGACGAGAAAAUAUAUUUAAUUUAUUGUUAUUGAAAUGAUACUAUUAAAACCUACUCUGUCUGAAUGAUAUCGUUGUAUAUAAUAGAUCUAAGAACAUAAUGGUAUGUAAAGUUGCAAUCGUUUAACAAAGUUAAGAUUUUAUGAUGUUUGAAGUGCAUCGGCUUAAAAAUGAAAUACUUCGAAACCGCGUACAUUAAAUGUACUAAAUAAAUUUGGGACCCAGAAUAGUCCGAAACUUUGUUUUAUCGAUUGAAAAGAACAAUAAAUUAUUGACAUAUAAAAACAAUUGAAUUUUGAUUAUAGUUAUAACGAAGAAUUUGCUUGAUUGAUUGUUGUAUGUUUUGUACAUAAUUUCUUUUUGCAUCGAAACAAUAUUCGAUUAUCGAUUACGAAUGAAAUCUUAAUAUUUUUUUUUUUUUAAUGAACAAAACUUUGUAUCAAAUUAGGUACAGGAUAUUUGAAGGUAUUUCAUAUAAUCACUCUUUUUCCUAGUAGACGUGACACGACCUAAGAAAUUGAAACGAAAGCGCAAGAAUGUAUCGAAUGCGAUAAAUAUCUGCUUUCACGGUAUAAAAUUACUUGUUGAGUUGUGCGUUUCAUCAUGAAUCGAUGUACUAUUAUAUGCUUUCAGAAUAUUUUUAGCGUAGACACAUUGUUAUAUUAAUGUAAACGACAAUGUCGCAAAGCAAUCACGAAACCAAAACUGUAGAUUUAAAUGAUUCAAAAAGGGAAGCAUUUAUAGUUUUCUAUUAUAAUGAGGUGAAUUCAAAAGCAGUUAGUGUCAGCUUUAACGAAGCCAGUUGUUAUUUAUUUUACUUUGAUUUCACGAAGCGCUUAGAAGAGUCGAUUUACAGUCAUGUUUUAACGGUAUACAGUAUAGUGAUAAAGUACUAGUUAUUCUCCACAAGUAAAUAACGUGUCACUGUAUACAGUAUUUAUGUAAAUAUAGUAGAAUAUAAUAAGAUUUACUAUUCAGCCAGCGACUGAUUUUUGUAAUCGUUUACAUCAUUAGUCCUCCAAAUUAUUUUCUGUAAAGAGUGCUCGCGAUCCCAUCAUGUUAAAUAGACUAGUUUGUGUAUAAAAUUUAUUAUGUAUAACUUAAUAAGUAGAAUAUGUAUGGAAUAUUACAUAAUUAAUUAGUGCGACUUAUAAAUUUCAUAAACGUUUUUAAGUUUGCAAAAAAAAAUUAUAGCACAAUGGACUCGUACAUUGUUUAUUUUGUGAAAUUGAACAUCGAAUAUUCGGUCACGUUUUGACGAGAAUUAUCGCAUGUAAAAUUGUUAAAAAGGACAAAUUUAUGUACAACCACUAUUCCGUAUAAAAACAUUAUAUUUGCAUACCCAUUGAUAUACAUAUUAAAUUCCAAUCAACAAAAUACGUUUACAGUUUAUACACGAGUGUUUAUUUAAUCAGUCCUAUUUCUAAUUCGGUUUAUUUCAAUCGCGUAGACUUUAUAUUACAAUCUCGUAAUUUGUUGAAAAUAAAACUGCAAUUCAUUUAUGUAGAAACGGUUGGAUAUUUAUUAGAAAUAAAACUGUGCUUUAUUAAGUAUGACUAUAUACACACACAUCUAUGCAUUUAUAUAAGAGAGAUUACAUUAUCGGUAUAUAUUACAAAGGACUCUUUUCUUUCUAAAUUGCUACAAAAGUGUAUUACUGCAAUUAUAAUCAACAAACGCUUCACGUAUUAUUUAUUGUUUAUAUUAAUAUCCAACGAUUGUAAAUUUUGUCUGCAUAUAGAGCUAUGUUAUUAAUAUUGAGAAUAUUGAAGUCUAAUGCAUUCUGA